AUGCUUUUUCGGGAACUGUCACCGAACCAAUUAAUAAGAAAUGGCAGAAGUGCAACGUCCAAAUGUUGUUGUUUUUUGUCACCAUCUGGUCGUUAUGGAGUAUAUAUUAGCCGUACUGAAGUAUUCGAAUCCCAACCUAUUGAAACUCACUUUUAUAAUUACAUUUUUAUUAUUUCUGAUUUCAUACUUGAUACUACGACCGAAUAUGUCUCUACAUGCGGUCCCUUUAAGAGAUUUCACCGUUUUUACUAUUUAAAUGACACCGUUGGAGUACUUGUUGACUUUUCACGUAAUAAUGGUAAUAUAACGCAAAAUGUCAUCCAAUUUUCACACGUAAACCAUACAGUAACAUGUGAAUAUGCCCGUAUUUGGAAUUUCCACGUUGAUGAUAUGCUGUAUGAAACGGACAAUAAUCGCAUGAUUUGUACAACAGCAUUAAUGAAAAAUAAAGAUAUCAGUUAUUUACCAUUACUUGGUGAAAAAGAUAAUAUAUCGAUGAUAUUUGUUCGUCUGGUACCAGCUAACCCAUUUUAUUCAUGUGAUUUUGUAAUACCAAUGUUGGAAAUCAGUGAACAGGAUGCGUAUCAGCGUGGAAUACAAACGGACGACGGGGGAUUGUUACAAGAAUUAAAUUUAUGCACCGAUACCAGAUGCUAUCCUUUAAUUAAUGAGACAUCACUUUAUUUCAUCGUACAACUUCGAACGGAACCUCAUGAAAAUGGAAGACAAACUUGUGUUGGUAUGCUAAAAAUGGAUUUCAAAAAUUAUUUCGAAAAUGAUUUUUCUUCAGCGGCAAAAAUUGAUAUUGCAAUUUCACCAUUACGAUGGAAGUCAAUACCCACUCAAAAAUAUUCUGUACGACCACAUUUUGUUAAAAUUAUGGCACAAGAAGAGAAUGUCGUGCUUUUGAGAGCAUUUAUUUUUGCAACUGAACGAACAUGGAUUCUGAUUGACAUGAAUACGAUGAUAAUGAGCCCAUUGAAAUCGCAAAGGAUUGCUAGGUGA